AUGUUUAAUUUUAAUUUUUCAGCGAAAAUCAAAGAAGCUGAAGAACAUAUCAAACAGGGCGAGAAGUAUUUGAAAACGUCACUUACCAAAUGGAAGCCAGAUCUUGAUUCAGCUAUUGAAGAAUUCGACAAAGCAUGUACAUGCUAUCGUGUCGCAGAAAAAUAUGACCUAUGCCGAGAUCUAUCAAUUCGAUUAGCCGACUUACAAAUACAAAAAGGUAGUACAUUUUUUGCUGCUAAAUCUUAUGAACAAGCAGCACAAAUGACACAACAAUUACAAGAUCUGCCAACAGCUGCUAAAUAUUUUAAUAAAGCAGGAGAAUUAUAUGUUGAAGGAGGUCAACGCGAUUCUGGUACAUUACUUUAUGAACGUUAUGCACCACAAUUUCAACAAUUCGAUCGUGGAUUAACAAUUGAUUUCUAUCUUAAAGCAGCACGUCUAGCUGAACAAGAUGAUAAAACUUCUCAAGCGAUUGAAUUAUAUGAAAAAGCAGCUAUGCAAGUAAUUCGUACAGGAAACUUUCCGAAGACAACUGAACUACUUGAAUUAGUAACAAAACAUUUAACAGAUUUGGAACGUUUUGAUCAUCUCAAUCGUAUUAUACUCUAUCGAAUUUUACUUAAAUUAUUUAAUGAAGAUAGCGUAGCUGGUAGAAAUAUAUUUGAUCAAGCUUGCCGAGAUUAUCCAACAUUCGAGCAAUGGGAGGAACGAGAUCAUAUUGAAUUGUUACUUGAUGGUUUUGAUCUUGAGGAUAAAGAUUUAAUUAGUAAACGUUGUCAAAAACCAUAUUUUAUGACGGUUGAACCUGAAUUUGUUCGUUUAAUGAAACGUUGGAUUGUUCCAGUAACAGAUAAGAAAGACGAACAACAAAAUGCCGGUUCUUCAUCAACAUCAGGAGUCAAACCAAUGCAAUUAGACGGUGAUGAAGUUGAUUUACUUGCUAAUCCUGUUACAUCUCCAGUAGAUCUGCCAUGCCAUUCAAUUCCUCUAGCGAAUAUUUCUCGAUCAGGAAAUCAAGUUAAGUUCGAAGAAAAAGAAUCAUCUGCUUCUACAUCUCACACACCGUCUUUACUCAUGCCAUUGAAGGUUUCAUGGGAAAAGGAUAAUUUUAUUUCCGAUGAAUCUAUUCAAGACAAUACAAAUCAGCAUGAUUAUGCUGAAUGCUUACGGCUUGGAUCUUUUCUAAUUGAUAGACCGUUUGGUAAUGGUUUACAACCUUCAGAUAUGAUGGGACCUGUACUCAUGAAAUUUAAUAUGUGCGAACAACAUUGGAUAACACCUGAUGGUGAAUAUAUUUAA